AUGCUUUCAAUGAAAAAACAACAUGAUUUUUCAAUUUAUUCAGCAAGCAACAUUGCUGCAUCAGCUGUGGCAGCAUCACUCAUUGGCUUGUCGUGGCAUAAUCGAAGCGGAAUUUCAAAAUUCGAUUUAGUGGACAAAUUAGCUGAGCUGUCAGAAUCAGAAAGUAAAUUCAUAAGCUCGUGUAUGAAUAAAAUGGAGCAGCUGUUUCAAGAGCAACGUCGUAACCUGCUACUGUCAAUGGUCUAUGCCAAACAAGGUCUACCUCCGAAUAUUAACAAAGAAACAAUGAAGCAACCUCUCAAGGAACAGAAUAUCACUGUUUGCAAGCAACCAAAAAGAAAUCAGAACGCAACGAAGAAACGAAAUGGUGACAAAAAGAAACAAAAAUCAAAUCACGAAGUUCAAGACGUGAGCUUUUAG